UAUGAUUUUGAUCUUGAGAGGGAGAUAUUAAAGGGCUACGAGGAGGCCGAAUGCGAAGAGAGGCAGGAGAAGGAGCAAUGUGGGAGUUGCACGGAGGAUAAUUGGGAGAGGGAACGGCCUCUCCCGCUAGCUACACCUCAAAUGACCAUGAUAGAACCAGAAAAAACUGUCACUACUUUUGAUGAGCCUGCUUCUUCGCAGCUUCAACCGUUACUGGACCGUUCUCUGGUGGAGGACUUUGAGUUUCAGGGACCGAAAGACGAUCCGUUUGUGGCCGCUGAGCUAGGAACAAUUAAUGAUCUAGAAGAACUACGGGAUGUGCUGGCAUCAAUGUCAAUGCCUAGUGCUCUGGAUGUUGAUGCCAAAAGGCAACCCAUGUUUAGCAGCCUUAAAAACAUCAAUUUCCCUCGCCUCUCCAAUGAUGAUGCGCCAAAUGAGACUCCUUCGUCUGCACCCAAUUCACAACCGAAUCUUUUUUUGCGGUCUUUUGAACAGUUUUCAGAGGAACCAGCGAAGUCAUCGACGGCAAUUGAGAUGGAACCUCGCAAUUCUCAGGUCCAUGGUGUGCUGAAAUUUGAUCCAACUUCCUUUCACAAUAGUGCCAGUCCUAUUAGAUUUGACAUUGAUGGCGAAAUAGUGAAAUCGAAGGACUCUGCCACUGGAAGCCAACAACUAUUGUUUGAAAGAGCUGGACGUAAUGCUGACGAGGACUCUAACUUAUUAUUGAUUCGCAACAUGGAAGCUACAUCACUGCCAUCAUCGUAUCCGAAUUCGUUACGUGCACCUAUUUCUUUGGAUGAAGAGGCGAAAUCAAUUUCGCCCGUUUCGCCUACUUUAUCUGAAUAUGUUGUCGUGGGUCAUGUUGAUGACCCUCCUAUUGUACCUAGACUUGUGAAGAUGGGCUUCGAGCGUAACAAAAUACUUGCUCUUUACUACACCAGCACCAGACAUGAUGAUGCGCUGAUCACACAGCUUUGCAACUGGACUGAACUUGAAGAAAGGGGGUUUGAAGAAGAAGUGGGCAAGGCUGCAGUUAUCUUCUCUCCAGAUGAUUUUAAGAAAGCAUUGGAGUUUGCUACAAUGGUGUCGGAGCUGUCUGAAAUGGGUUUUCCACUGGAUUCUGUCAUUUCGGCGGUAUUGUCAUCGAAAAUGGACAAAGAAGAGGCUGCGCUGCAUCUUCUUGAUUCAGGAAAGCAUUCUGAUGGCAUGCCAUCCUCCACCUGCGCGUCAAAUAACGUUGCAUUGCCUCAAAGCAAUAUUUUGGAUGCAAUGGUUAGGCAAGCUGGGAAAAAGAGCAAGAAGAAACUGAGGAAAUCGCACCUCUCAUCAUACCUGAAUGUAAGGCACUAG